AUGCAGGAGCGGCUGGAAUCAGAACGGAGACGGAAAGAGGAAGAGAUAGCUUCUUUGGGUAAAGCAUCUUCAUCAACCAGCAACACAUCCCUGCUGGACGCAGUCUUGCUUGAGAAGGAGGAGCUGUUGGAAACUAAGAGGAGACUUGUAGAAAUGGUUAGCGUUUCUGAGGUUAAGCAACGCGAAAGCGCUUGCCCUUCAACAGCUGACGCGUCGGUCACUGCAGCAGAUGAUCGACUUGUCGUACUCGAUUUUGUUGAGAGAUCAGAAAAAUUUGAACGUUUGAAAUUGUUUGAAUUUGAAAAAAAAUUUGAUCGUCUAAAGACAGGAUUUGCUGACGUGCGCGACCAGAAGGACUCAGAUAUGUCUGUAGAAGUGGAGCGGUUACGAAUGGCAUUAGAUCAAGCGAAGCAAGAUCGAAACCGAGUUCAUGCUGACGUUGAUAAGUUCCGCACUACCAUAGAAGGUAUAGGCACUGAGCUUGAUGCGCUCCGUGUAUCCAACCAACGCCUUUCUCAAGAAAAUGAAAGAAUGGCUGCGAUAAUAGAUCGCUACAAUGCCGUGCUUGAGAGCUCAGCUGCGCAGGACUUCAUGAACGAGCAUUCUUCAAAUUCUCAGUUGUCUGACAAGCAGUCGACUGCUUUUGAAAAUCUGAAUAGAGAUCUUCGCGAGGAGAUUACUAUGCUCCAGGAACGGAACAGGUUGCUUUCGGAAGAGUCGAGACUGCUAUCGGAAGUUAAUGCUCACAUGAAGAAACAAGAAGAGACUGAUUCCAAACGAACACAGUUGUUGGAGAAAAAAUUUCGUGAGUUCGAUUAUGAAUGA